UAAACAAAAUCACGCGUUUGCCCUUGUCCGCUUAUCGUCCGCCACAGAAAAUGUCGACUAUUUUACGCUAUAUCGGUCGCGUUGUGCAUAAAUCCGACAUCCGGGCCAGUUUGUGUGCGCUUCGACCGAUUUCGUUCCAUCAACAGCUUUCACCUCACAAUCAACUGCACACGGCCGGCAGGGCAAGCCUACCAGCGGUAGUGGUACAUCAACAACAACUAUCAGCAUUACACAACCACCAGCCGGUUCGCUUGAAGUCGAAGAAAUCGGGCAAACAAGCAGCCCGCCCGGCCGAUGACGAUCUGGAGGAUGAGCCGGCCCAGGAUGACGGUACGGACGAGUACGAGGAGCUGCUCGGGGACAAACACAACCGGACGGUGCGCGUGACGGUGAACUCGAUGCGAGCGGAUCUGCUGCUGAAGGCCGGUUUGGGCAUUGCCCGGAACAAGGUGGAAGCACUGUUCUACGACAGCAAGAUACGGGUCAACGGGAAGCGGCUGCUGAAGAAGAGCGCCCAGCUGGAGGUGGAGGACGAGAUCGAUGUGGUGCGCGGACCGAGCCCGUCCAACCCGGACCAUCUGAUCGUGUCGCGGGUCGAGAUCGUGUCGGUAACGCCCCGGACCGAGAACCUUGCCGUAACGCUGCGGCGGCACAAAUCACUGAUAAUAGAGAACUACAAAGACCAUGGCGCAUACAGUGAAGGGCAGGACAAGUAGGGGUAGGUUUAAGGGCCGUCGAAAAAAAGGGAUUUAGACCGACAGGCGAAGGAAUUAGAUUUUGUAUGAAGUAACCAACUGAAUAUAUUGAUUGAUAAGUAGUCAAAAAUGUGAUAAAAA